GGCAGGGUCAGUAGGGGAGGGAGAAAGAAUGCAUAUCCCUAGCUUCCAUAUUGCACUACCAUCCUUUGCCUGACAAAGUAAACCCUGGUUUUAGAAUCUGAGACUAAUGUUGUUCCCCAAGGAGGAAGGCAGCUCAGGACUGGUUCCCACCAAGCCAAGUGCAGUCCUAGAUUCUGGCUCCCUGUGCCCACUGUCAGCAGAGAAAGCACCAAAUCUAGUGAGAAAAAGUUUCAGCAUAUGUUAAAAUGACAGAAACCACCUUAUCCAACCUAAACUUUUCUGCCAUGGGAAAAAGAUGAAACCUGGAAAUCUGGGAAAUUUAAAAUUUUCAACACCAUUUAUAAAUAUAAAAAGCCUCUGGUUACUUGAAUGUUGCACAUUUAGAUAUUUGAUUUUGUAUGUUGAUUACAAAUGGAGUUGUGGCCUUGCGAACCAUCAUAAUCAUCAUUGUAAUCAUUGAAUUUAUGGUUCAUAUGGCAGUUUCUUAUACAUUAUUCAAUUUACUUUAAUCCUCUUAACCCUGUCAAGUAGGUAUUACCAUUAAUCCUCAUUUUACAGCUGAGGAAACAAGGUGGAAAAGGUGACUUACUCAAGAUCCCAGAGCUAGUAACCUCGAAGUUUUGUUUUGCUCUUUGGUUUUGUUUUCAGUUUAAUGAGCUAACAACAUUAGAAUGAUGCAUAGAAAGGUGCUGGGUCGUGGUUUUGCAUCUUCCAAUAAAGCAUAAUAAGAUAUAUUAAUUUCCAGGAAAAGAGCUGAGGGAGAAAAAAGGGGGAGUAUGAUUUAUUGAUACAACUUUUAGGGAAAUUUGAUCAGCGUAGUAUUCCAAGCUUUAUUUUGAUCAUUUUCAAACCAAAGUUUAAUCUGUUAAAAUAGACAUACUUCUUUUACUCUAUGUAAACAUGAAGCUCCACAUAUUACAAGAGGGCUUGGAAGGAUGGGCCUACUAAUUGGUACAGAGCAACAAAGCCUAUUUUUUAUUUAAAGAUAGAGAUGUUUUAGGAAGGAGAGGGGAUGUUAAAGAUAGUAUUUGGCUUUAUGAAAAUACAGAAGUAUGAGACUGGCAGCUCUGUAGAGGGCUUUGGGUGAGCGAAUACGAAGGAGAGAAAGAGAAAGACAUUGUUGUAUGAAUAUAAGAUAAACCACCCCAGUUAAGUGCAGGCUCUGGAUGAAGUCUUUCUAUUACAAAUGACAGAGCUGGGACAGAAGCAAUGUAGACUGUUGAUGCAGUAUCUCGAGGGGAGUUUGCACACUGGAUAUGUAAAUCAUUAUCGUUUAAAGAUAUUCUUCCAUCUUGGGGAAGUUGCUUAACCUAUAUUAUUUGCAUUUUUCUUAUUUGCAAAAUGGGACUAAAACAGUACAGUUCUUACCAUAUAUAAUCUUUGAGAGUAUUAACGAAAAAAAUUAUGUGAAGUGCCUACUACAGUGCUUGUCAUAAAGAAGGCUGCAGUGGAUAUAGCAACACUUUCCUCCAUCAACCCCCACCCCCAAAUUCCUUUCAGUUAUGAAAAUUCUGAAACACUGUAACUUUACCUGUAUAUUUAUUGAAUAUCUACUUUUCGAAAAGUAGAACAUGUGAAGAAUUCUUGAUUUUUCCUUGGAGAUACCUUUGCAAGUUAGAGGAAGAUAUUAGUGCCUGUCUUCCUUGGUUUAAUUUUAAUUCAAAAGAAAGAUAUGAUUGAGGAGGUAGGAGAAAAGACUGACUAGUUCAUUUAGGCAUUAAUAGUCCUAAAAGAGGGAACUGUAAGGCAACCAGACACAUGGCCUCAAUUUUUUAAGAAGGCAGAUUUAAAAAUAAAUACAUGCAUAAAUAAAAUUUUAAAACAAAACCAGAAAAAAUGAUAGACGAAUUCUCAUCAUCAAAUUUACUAAAAAGAAUAUGGCUUUCAAAGAUGAGUCUAGGCCAGGCAUAGUGGCUCAUGCCUGUAAUCCCAGCACUUUGGGAGGCUGAGGUAGGGGAUCAUUUGAGGUCAGGAGUUCGAGACCAGCCUGGCCAACAUGGUGAAACCCCAUCUCUACUAAAAAUACAAACAUUAGCUGGGCGUGGUGGUGGGUGCCUGUAGUCCCAGAUACAUUGGAAGCUGAGGCAGGAGAAUCACUUGAACAUGGGAGGUGGAGGUUGCAGUGAGCUGAGAUUACACCACUGCACUGCAGCCUGGGCAACAAAGUGAGACUCUGUCCAAAAACAGAAAAAAAAAAGAAAAAAGCAAGUCUGAAAAAGAAAUAACUAAAUGAGAAAUCUGAUUAUACAAUAAUAAAUAAUCAUGAUGGAUGAGAAAAGCGAAAAGCAGAUAAAACACUUAUUUGAUCAGAGGAACUUUACAAGGAGGCGAGAAAGUAUGGAGUCUAACGUGAAGACAUUUUGCUCCAAGAAUAUCCUAGCCAUCCUUGGCUUCUCCUCUAUCAUAGCUGUGAUAGCUUUGCUUGCUGUGGGGUUGACCCAGAACAAAGCAUUGCCAGAAAACGUUAAGUAUGGGAUUGUGCUGGAUGCAGGUUCUUCUCACACAAGUUUAUACAUCUAUAAGUGGCCAGCAGAAAAGGAGAAUGACACAGGAGUGGUGCAUCAAGUAGAAGAAUGCAGGGUUAAAGGUCCUGGAAUCUCAAAAUAUGUUCAGAAAGUAAAUGAAAUAGGCAUUUACCUGACUGAUUGCAUGGAAAGAGCUAGGGAAGUGAUUCCAAGGUCCCAGCACCAAGAGACACCCGUUUACCUGGGAGCCACGGCAGGCAUGCGGUUGCUCAGGAUGGAAAGUGAAGAGUUGGCAGACAGGGUUCUGGAUGUGGUGGAGAGGAGCCUCAGCAACUACCCCUUUGACUUCCAGGGUGCCAGGAUCAUUACUGGCCAAGAAGAAGGUGCCUAUGGCUGGAUUACUAUCAACUAUCUGCUGGGCAAAUUCAGUCAGAAAACAAGGUGGUUCAGCAUAGUCCCAUAUGAAACCAAUAAUCAGGAAACCUUUGGAGCUUUGGACCUUGGGGGAGCCUCUACACAAAUCACUUUUGUACCCCAAAACCAGACUAUCGAGUCCCCAGAUAAUGCUCUGCAAUUUCGCCUCUAUGGCAAGGACUACAAUGUCUACACACAUAGCUUCUUGUGCUAUGGGAAGGAUCAGGCACUCUGGCAGAAACUGGCCAAGGACAUUCAGGUUGCAAGUAACGAAAUUCUCAGGGACCCAUGCUUUCAUCCCGGAUAUAAGAAGGUAGUGAAUGUAAGUGACCUUUACAAGACCCCCUGCACCAAGAGAUUUGAGAUGACUCUUCCAUUCCAGCAGUUUGAAAUCCAGGGUAUUGGAAACUAUCAACAAUGCCAUCAAAGCGUCCUGGAGCUCUUCAACACCAGUUACUGCCCUUACUCCCAGUGUGCCUUCAAUGGGAUUUUCUUGCCACCACUCCACGGGGAUUUUGGGGCAUUUUCAGCUUUUUACUUUGUGAUGAAGUUUUUAAACUUGACAUCAGAGAAAGUCUCUCAGGAAAAGGUGACUGAGAUGAUGAAAAAGUUCUGCUCUCAGCCUUGGGAGGAGAUAAAAACAUCUUACGCUGGAGUAAAGGAGAAGUACCUGAGUGAAUACUGCUUUUCUGGUACCUACAUUCUCUCUCUCCUUCUGCAAGGCUAUCAUUUCACAGCUGAUUCCUGGGAGCACAUCCAUUUCAUUGGCAAGAUCCAGGGCAGCGACGCCGGCUGGACUUUGGGCUACAUGCUGAACCUGACCAACAUGAUCCCAGCUGAGCAACCAUUGUCCACACCUCUCUCCCACUCCACCUAUGUCUUCCUCAUGGUUCUAUUCUCCCUGGUCCUUGUCACAGUGGCCAUCAUAGGCUUGCUUAUCUUUCACAAGCCUUCGUAUUUCUGGAAAGAUAUGGUAUAGCAAAAGCAGCUGAAAUAUGCUGCCUGGAGUGAGGAAAAAAAUCGUCCAGGGAGCAUUUUCCUCCAUCACAGUGUUCAAGGCCAUCCUUCCCUGUUUGCCAGGGCCAGUCUUGACCAGUGUGAAGCUUCCUUGGCUUUUAUUGAAGCCUUUCUUUUGGAGGUAUUCAACAUCCUCUGCCUCAAGGACUUCCGGCAGAUACUGUCUCUUUCAUGAGUUUUUCCCAGCUACCCCUUUCUCCUUUGUACUUUGUGCUUGUAUAGGUUUUAAAGACCUGACACCUUUCAUAAUCUUUGCUUUAUAAAAGAACAAUAUUGACUUUGUCUAGAAGAACUGAGAGUCUUGAGUCCUAUGAUAGGAGGCUGAGCUGGCUGAAAGAAGAAUCUCAGGAACUGGUUCAGUUGUACUCUUUAAGAACCCCUUUCUCUCUCCUGUUUGCCAUCCAUUAAGAAAGCCAUACGAUGCCUUUGGAGAAGGCAGACACACAUUCCAUUCCCAGCCUGCUCUGUGGGUAGGAGAAUUUUCUACAGUAGGCAAAUAUGUGCUAAAGCCAAAGAGUUUUAUAAGGAAAUAUAUGUGCUCAUGCAGUCAAUACAGUUCUCAAUCCCACCCAAAGCAGGGAUGUCAAUAAAUCACAUAUUCCUAGGUGAUACCCAAAUGCUACAGAGUGGAACACUCAGAUCUGAGAUUUGCAAAAAGCAGAUGUACAUAUAUGCAUUCAAACAUCAGGGCUUACUAUGUGGUAGGUGAUAUAUACAUGUCACAAAGAAAAAUACAGUUACAACUCAGGGUCACAAAAAAUGCGUCUUCCAAUGCAUAUUUUAUUAUGGUAAAACAUACAUAAAUAUAAUUCACCAUUUUAACAUUUAAUUCAUAUUAAAUAUGUACAAAUCAGUGACAUUUAGUACAUUCACAGUGUUGUGCCAUCAUCACCACUAUUUAGUUACAGAACAUUUGCAUCAUCAAGAAAUUGUCUAGAGACAAGACUAUCCUGGGUAGGCAGAAACCAUAGAUCUUUGUGUUUACAGCUGUGGAAACCAACUGUACCAUAAAGAUAGUUCACUGAGUUUUAAAGCCAAGCCACAUCUUAUUUUUCCAAGGUUUAAUUUAGUGAGAGGGCAGCAUUAGUGUGGAGUGGCAUGCUUUUGCCCUCUCAUGGAAUUUACACAUCAGAAUGUGCAGGAUCCAAGUCUGAAAGUGUUGCCACCGUCACACAACAUGGGCUUUGCUUAUUCCAUGAAGCAGCAGGUAUGGACUUUACCAUGGAAACAUGAAGAGACCCUGUACCCCAUUCCUUAAGGAUUGCUGCAAGAGUUACCUGUUGAGCAGAUUGACUGGUGAUGUUUCAUUCUGACCUUGUCCCAAGCUCUCCAUCUCUAGAUCUGGGGACUGACUGUUGAGCUGAUGGGGAAAGAAAAGCUCUUACACAAACCAGAAGCCAAAUGUCCCCAUAUCUCUUGAAUGAUCAAGUCACUUUUGACAACAGCCAGGUGAAUAUAAAAACUUAAUAAAGCUGUGGAAAGGAA